AUGGCACAGGACAACCGGAGCACAGUGACAGAAUUCAUCAUCCUGGGCUUCCCAUCCACUAAGGAUUUCCAGGUUUUGUUCUUCACUCUCUUCCUCCUCAUCUACCUUUUCACCAUCCUGGGCAACAUCCUCCUGCUGCUUACCCUGUGGACAGAGCCUCACCUCCACAUCCCGAUGUAUUUCUUCCUGGCUAACCUGUCGGUGUUGGAGAUCGGGUACACCUCGGUCACCGUCCCCAAGCUGCUGGCGGUCUUCCUGGCCAGAGCCAGGGUCAUCUCCCUCACCGCUUGCCUCGCGCAGUCCUACUUCUUCUUCUUCCUGGGCUCCACCGAGUGCUUCCUCCUAGCCAUCAUGGCCUAUGACCGCUACUUGGCUAUCUGCAACCCGCUGAGGUACCCAAUGCUCAUGAGUAGCAAGACAUGCGCAUGGCUGGCUUUUGGUUCCUGGGGGUGCGGUUUGUUGACCCCCUCCCUUCCCAAUUUCUUGGUGAGACAGCUGCAGUUCUGUGGAGCCGUUCUAGAUCACUUCUUCUGUGAUGUCCCACCACUGCUCAGCCUGUCGUGCACGGACCCCUAUGUGAGUGCCAACACCAUCUUCGUCAGCGCCGCCAUCAUUGUGCUAGGCUCCUUCUUGCUCACCUCCCUCUCCUAUGCCUACAUCUUGGCAACCGUCCUGCGGAUGUCAUCUUCCAAGGGUCGCCAGAAAGCCUUCUCCACCUGCACUGCCCACUUGACGGUGGUGUGUCUCUACUACAGCACAGUGAUUUUCAUGUACGUCACUCCGACGGCCCGGCAGUCAAAGGAUGUCAACAAAGUGGUGGCCGUGGUCUACAGUGUGCUGACCCCCAUGCUCAAUCCCCUCAUUUACAGCCUGAGGAAUGAGGAUGUCAAGAAAGCCCUGAGGAGAAUGAUGCUAAGGAUAUUCCAUAUCUCAGGGCUGGGCAUUCCCACAGGUCAGUGCAGAAGUGCAGCCGAACCUCGGCAUUACGAACAGCCUGGGAAUGGAGAAUGUUCAUGA